ACGUGUAUGAUGAUUGUGCUCAAAAAGGAUUAACAUUUAAAAUGUAAAAAUAAAAUAAGCAGAUACGAUGGAAAAAUUGACUGACUAAUAAUUAACAUAUACGAAUAAUAUGCGAAUAAUUUAAAAUACAUAAACAGAAUGUGAGAAGGCCAACUGAUUACCAGAGAUCACUCCCAAAAAAAAAAGCCUCGAGUGCUCUUUCUCUCUCCCAUAAAAGCAGAUUUGUUUACGAUUUCAUAAACAAGCAGAUCAUACGAACAGAAUCACUUAGUUGGCGUUUCAGAAUGCACGCGACUUUAAUCUCGGCUCUUGGGACAGUAUAUCUGCUCUACCUGUUCCUGUUCCAGGUACACCUCACGGCACAAGCCACCGUGAGUCCUUCGGUGUACGAUCCUUCGGAGGUUGACAACACCCCGGAAAAAGGGGUCGAAAAGUGUGCUGUAUGUCCUCCAAGAGCGCCAACACGUUUUACAAGUCAAGUAACGCCCAGCACCAGAAUGAAUUCAAAAAACACAAAAAGAAAAACACAAAAAGAAACUACGACCACAAAUAUCUACAACUACAACUAUUUUAACGUCUACCAGUACUGAUUACGAGGCAGACGAGUCCACGAUGUCCCCCUGCACAAUCGCAAAGUCCACUGACUGACUCUUCGUUCUCGAAUCGCUUAUCACGGAGCCGUAAGCAACAGGUUUUGAGCUGCUGAACGCAUGCCCAUAGGCCACAAGUUCAGUAGACUAAAACUUGUUUAAAAUCAAGGUCCUUGCACAACAUGCUCUUAUCAAAAUGUAUGCAUUAUAAGUGUUUAAUAACAUUAAAAUAUAAAAUGUACGAUCCUUA